AUGCAAUUCACGACCCUCGCCGCCGGCUUCCUGGCCCUCGCCGCGGCCGCCUCUGCGACCCCCAUCAUGGGCACCAUCAAGAUGUUCUACGACCCCGCCUCCAACUGCACCGGCACCCCGAUUCCCAUCGAGGGCACCGGCCAGUCCCUGGCUAUCCCGCCCGACUACGCCGGCCAGUGCCACCGCAUCUCCCCGGGCGUGGACAACACCACCUACAAGAGGUUCUCGGCUAGCGGGUUGACCCCGGUUUUCAGCUUUGAGCUGUACACCGACGCCGACUGCCAGAACCUCGCUACCAACGCCUCGAACGUCUGCGUUUCUGAUGUCAAGUCUUACAUUGGCCGUCGCGUGGACGGCAACUAA